AUGGCCAUUGUCAAAGCCAAUGCCUACGGCCAUGGCCUCAUACCCGCUGCAAAAGCAACCAUAAAAGGCGGCGCAUCUGCUCUCGGCGUUGCCUUGCUACAAGAAGGCGUUGCCCUUCGCAGUGCGGGCAUCACAACACCCGUUGUCGUACUCGCACCCACCUUGCCGGAACAGGCCGACAGCCUCGUUGCUCACAACCUGUCUCAAAUCAUCGGUCAUCCCACCGCCAUACCGGCACUGGAAGCCGCUGCCAAACGCCACAAUACACGCGCCCGCAUACAUCUCAAAGUCGAUACCGGCAUGGGCCGCCUUGGCCUGUUACCCGACGAGGCACCUGUUCUUGGAAAAAAAAUCGCCGAGAAUCCCCACUUAUUUUUUGAAGGCAUUGCAACACAUGUGGCCUGGGAAUGCGCAGAAGACAUGGACAAGGCAACCCAUCAGAUCAAAACAUUCGCCGCCUGCCUAUCCAAACUCACAGACAUUUCGGUCCCCUGGCGCCACGCCGCCAACAGCGCCAUGACCGUUCACAUGCCCGAAUCGCACUUUGAUCUCGUGCGCGUGGGAUUGCUCACCUAUGGCAUUCCUCCCACACAAGGUGCAGGCGCGCUCUCGCUUUCUCCCGCGCUAUCCAUCAAAGCGCGGAUCGUGCAAGUGCGAAAUUUUUCUACCGGCCAAACCCUCAGUUACGGCGGCACAUACACGCUCACGCGCCCCUCUCGCAUCGCCCUUGUUUCCCUGGGGUAUGCCGAUGGCUACAACCGUCGCAUGUCCAAUAAAUCCCACGUCCUCAUCUGCGGAAAACCCUGCCCGGUUGUCGGUGCGAUCUGCAUGGACGUCAUCAUGAUCGAUGUCACCGAUAUACCGCCCGUUUCAACAGGUGAGGAAGUCGUCCUGCUCGGGCAACAGGGCGACUACAAAAUCACCGUACCUGACAUCGCCCAGUGGGCAAAUUGUAUUUCACACGAAGUUGUUUCCCUACUUGGCGCGCGUCUUCCCCGGCACUAUGUUUCGUAA